AGCGGAUCUCUAAACGUGCUACUGGAUCAGCAAUUGCUCUGUCACUGCUGUGUUUCGCGUACAUACUGUGAACUGUCCUUGAUCCCAUUGCAUUGGCACCCAUCUGUCACAGGCUCGCUGCUUUUAGCCAACCCAACCAACAUGGCUACAAAUGUUGUCGCCGCUGCUAGUAAAGUGGAUAUCGACACUAAUGUCGAGCUGACGGAGGCUCGCGAUGUGGUCCUUGACACUUCCGACGAAGAGGAGAUGGCCAGCAAAUGCUCGGAUGUAGAAUUCGUUCUUGGAGACAAUAUAAGCGCUGGCACCGGAGUGCUGCAUCUUACAACACGGAGAGUUGUGUGGGUGAGCUCCCAACCCGGCGGCCCGGCUUUCUCAUUGCGCUACCAACAGAUUGUCAUGCAUGCCAUCUCGCGAGACCCCUCCUCCUACGCCAAGCCCUGCAUUUACCUUCAACUCGACGAGGGUUCAGAGGACAUGAUGCAGCAGGACGAGGCGGAGGAGGACGGCCCGCAGGAGCAGGCGGAGGUCUCCGCGGAGGUUCGGCUGGUGCCGGCGGAGGAGGCCAAGGUUGAGGAGCUGUUCAAGGUGCUGUGCGACUGCGCGGCGCUCAACCCGGACUCGGAAGUGGAAGGCGAGGGUGACUUCUUCUUCGACGAGGCCGAGGUGAUGGCGGGGUUGGACCCCUCCACACGCGCCGCCGUGAUCGCAGAGCGGCUGGAGGGCGGCAUGGAGCUGGGCGAGGAGGGAGAGGAGGGAGAGGAUGGGGCGCCGGAGGACUUGCAGGAGUUGGUUGGCGACGACCCGAGCCGGUUCGAGGACGAGGACGAGGAGGCUCAGGAUGCGGCAUAGCGCCGUGUCGCGUUUGCGAUGUGGGGGUCGGCACGGGCGCAGGCCUGACGCAGACUUGCUGCUUUAGUGUCGCGAUGGUGGUUCGUUGCGGUAGUUAGCAAUUGGCGUAGGGUACGCAGCGUUAGGCCUGGGCUUUUAGGACGUAAGGACGGGAAUUUUGUUCUGUUCUGUCACCAUACGGUCCUGCGUAUGACGGUCGCCGGUAAGCGGAUGACACUUCCUGCAUAACGGAUGACGUUUCACAAUUGUCGCAAAAGCCGAGCCCUACUACGACUCCCAAUCAACUUAAAUCUCCUCUUGAUAUUGAAGGCCUCUGCUAUACUUUUGUUAAGCCAAGAGUCGCUCCUUCUUUGCCGGUGACCAAGCAACUGUCGAACUGCAAGGCUGUUUUCGGCAUCAGAGGAUUUCAGCAUAUGCGAAUCCAGUUGCUUCAUCAUCGCAUAGUGAACCCCUUUGGGUACCCUAUUGGCCUGGCAUCUCGCAUUUCGCACCGCACAACAGCCACAAUAGCCAUGGCCGCCAAGGCACGCACAGCUCUAGAUGAAACUUCGAAAGCAGGAGAAUUCAAAAGGACAGAGGCGGGAUUCCGCAGCAAGGUUGAGCCCGGCGGUCGGUUUGAGCCCGAAGCCGGUCGCUACCACCUCUACAUCUCGCUGGCCUGCCCCUGGGCUUGCCGCUGCCUUGCCGUCCUGUACAUGAAGGGCCUGGAAGACGCCAUCGGCCUCUCCGUGACGCACCCCACUUGGCAGCGAACUCGCCCGGAUGACCCGCGGGACGAGCACACCGGCUGGGUUUUCCGCAGCCCCGGGGACCCGCCGCUCGCUAGCAGCACGGGGCACGGCUCGUUUGGCUGCGAGGGUUGCGUGCCGGAUACGGUGAAUGGGGUGCGAUGCGUACGGGAUCUGUACGAGAUGGCCCAGGAUACGACAGGCAAGUACUCGGUGCCCGUGCUUUGGGACAAGAAGGAGAAGACAAUCGUUAAUAACGAGAGCUCUGAAAUUAUUCGCAUCUUCAACUCCAGUUUCAACAAUGUAGCCAAGAACCCAGGGCUGGAUCUGUAUCCCGAGUCGCUCCGCGGCACCAUCGACGAGCUGAACGCCUGGACCUACCCCACCAUCAACAACGGAGUCUACCGCUGCGGUUUCGCAACCUCUCAAGCGGCGUACGACGCAGCUUUCGAGGAGCUCUUCUCCGCCCUAGACCGCUGCGAGGCGCUGCUGGCUGGUCGGCGCUACCUGGCGGGGCCGCAGGUCACGGAGGCGGAUGUGCGGCUCUUCCAGACCCUGAUCCGCUUCGACGAGGUAUACGUGGUGUACUUCAAGACAAACAAGCGCUUCAUCCGGGAGUAUCCCAACCUCUCCGGAUACAUCCGCGACCUCUUCCAAUCCCCCCCGCUGGGCCGCGCAACCGACAUGUCGCACAUCAAGACGCACUACUUCACCUCGCACCCGCGACUCAACCCGCAUGCCAUCAUUCCGGG